UGACGUGGCCACUGGCAGGUGAGCUCUGUGCCCAUGCCGUCCAGCAACGGUUUCGCGGCCACAGCCCAGCAACGUUCGGACACAGCCCAUCCACGUCUCUGGGCCGCGGACGCGGAGGCCAUCUUUCUUGUGCGGCAAGAAGGGAUGGGGGAGGAUAGAAGAGGCCGCCGCGCCGCAAACAGAGAGAGAAGAGAAGCCGCGGUUCAACGAACGUCGGCGGCCAUUCACAGCCGGCCGGCACCUGCCCCCCUGCCCCACGGUUCAACGAAAGUCGGCAGGUUCUUCCCUCCAGGCAAGAUAAUAGUAGCACCUUUGAGCACUGCUGCUGAAAAUGAGCUGCGCCGAAUUGCCACCUGAAACCCCAGCUGUGAACGGAGAAGGGUCAUCUGCCGCCACCGCCGCCGCUCCUGGUGCCGGGUCGAAGCCGAAAAAGAAGAUAUGCUGCGCGUGCCCUGAUACAAAGAGGCUGAGGGAUGAGUGCGUCGUCGAGCACGGUGAGCCUGCUUGCACCAAGUGGAUCGAAGCUCACAAGCGAUGCCUCCGUGCUGAGGGGUUCAAUGUCUGAAACUUGUAGUCUGUCGGGCUCGCUUUCCUAGAACCGUAGGAAAUGGAAACAUUAGAAAAAUAGAGUUAUACAACUAGUCAUAAUAAUACCUUAAUGCCAGGAGUUAUACGGUAAGGGGAAAUCACGAUGUGAAAAUUAUGUUGGCGAUGAAACGUAUUUGAGAAUGAGAUUGUUGAAUUUUAUUCGCUAAA